GGGCGGGGUAAGAUGGCGGAACUGGGGAAGAAGUACUGCGUGUACUGCCUGGCCGAGGUGAGCUCCCUGCGCUUCCGCUGCACCGAGUGCGCCGACAUCGAGCUCUGCCCCGACUGCUUCUCGGCCGGCGCCGAGAUCGGCCCGCACCGCCGAUGGCACGGCUACCAGCUGGUGGACGGCGGCCGCUUCACGCUGUGGGGCGCCGAGGCGGAGGGCGGCUGGAGCAGCCGGGAGGAGCAGCUGCUGCUGGACGCCAUCGAGCAGUUCGGCUUCGGCAACUGGGAAGACAUGGCCGCUCACGUGGGAGCAUCCCGGACGCCCCAGGAGGUGAUGGAGCACUACGUGAGCAUGUACAUCCAUGGCAACCUGGGGAAGGCCUGCAUCCCCGACACCAUUCCCAACAGGGUGACGGACCACACGUGUCCCAGCGGCGGCCCUCUCUCUCCCAGCCUGACCACGCCGCUCCCGCCCUUGGACAUAUCGGUGGCUGAGCAGCAGCAGCUGGGCUAUAUGCCGCUCCGGGACGACUACGAGAUCGAGUACGAUCAGGAUGCUGAGACUCUGAUCAGCGGCCUGUCUGUAAACUACGACGACGAUGACGUGGAGAUAGAAUUGAAAAGAGCUCACGUAGACAUGUAUGUGAGAAAACUCAAGGAGAGACAGCGGCGGAAGAACAUUGCGCGAGAUUAUAACUUGGUGCCGGCCUUCCUGGGGAAGGAUAAGAAGGACAAGGAGAAAACUCCCAAGCGAAAGAUCACGAAAGAAGAGAAGGAGUUGAGGCUGAAGCUGAGGCCUCUGUACCAGUUCAUGUCCUGUAAGGAGUUUGAAGACUUCUUUGAGAACAUGCACAAGGAAAGAGUACUUCGAGCGAAGAUCCGGGAACUGCAGCGGUAUCGCAGAAAUGGAAUCACCAAAAUGGAGGAGUCGGCAGAAUAUGAGGCAGCCAGACAUAAACGGGAGAAGAGGAAGGAGAACAAAAACAUAGCCAGCUCCAAGAGGGGGAAGGAGGACGGCAAAGAAGGGGAAUUUGCUGCCAUUGAAAACCUGCCUGGUUUUGAACUCUUGUCGGACAGGGAAAAAGUGCUUUGCAGCUCUCUGAAUUUGAGUCCUGCGCGAUACGUGACUGUAAAAACCAUCAUCAUUAAAGACCAUCUUCAGAAAAGACAAGGGAUUCCUUCCAAGAGUCGCCUUCCCAGCUACUUGGAUAAGGUACUGAAGAAAAGGAUUUUAAACUUUCUAACAGAGAGUGGCUGGAUAUCCAGAGAUGCAUCAUGAAACCCACCGCAUCUGCGCACCACGCCAGAGGCCUGAUGGGCUCCCUUCUUUUUCCUGCCCUCUCUGGAGAUACAGAAAUUAUCUUAUUCGAAACAGACAAACAAAACAACAAAAGCAAAAACAAAAAAACCCACGGUGUUCGUGGUCCGUGCUUCGAGUAGACUUUUGCUUCGUGUCAUGAAAAAUACUGAAUUGCAAAACUUCUCCAUUCGACUUCAUUGCUCAUUAGAGUACGCUGUUUUUGUUACGUUACUCAAAGAGAUUUCUUUCAUGUGAACCAACUCCUCAAGUCCAAUAGUUCUGGGGUGGUCACGUCACUUCCUGCUGUUGGAUAAGUGAGGGUCAAUGUCAUCCAUAAUCCUUGCCUUUUUUUUUUUCUUUUUUUUUUUUUUUGAAGGUGGGAGAUGGUUUUCAGCAGACGAGUUCUUCUCCCUGAUGUUUUUGUCACAGUGCUGGCAGCCAAGCAAAGCUUGCAGAAAUCCUGAGCUGUCAGGCACAGAGUGCAGGGAUUGGCGUGGUGUUGCAGAGCUUUUGGAGCCCUGCCCUUAGUAGCACAGCCCAGGUGUCAGGACUUGGGGUGGGAGCUUUUCUGAGGUGCAGCGGGGCUGAGCCGUGACAGGGAUUGGUAGAUGAGUUGCCUGCAGGUAUCUGUGCUGUGUGGGCAGGCUUCUUGGAGAGCUGUGUUCUGCUGCCUGACCUCAGUGUGUGCUUGGCCGGGCAGCUGUAUGCUCUGUGCUGGUUUCAGCACUGCUGUGAAGUGGCUGCUUCUGGCCAGCUGUGGCUUAGAACACGCAGAAUUCUGCCCUGGUGAAAUCACUGCUUCCAGUUGCAGGGGGAACCUGCCCCUCCUCCUGUAUCUGGUACAGGAGGCAGCCUGAGCACCUGCAGCUGCCUCCUGAGUGCAGCUGGGAUGGACAGGGACAGGGAGCUCCAUUCUGAAGCUCACAGCGGUCACUGAGGUUGGUUUAUUGAAAAAGAAAAAUUAAUUUAUAUAGAUGAAAAUGCCCAGCUGCUGUGCUCCUGGAGUGCAGAGUGGUGGAUGCAGCCAUUGCAGGUUUCUGGCUGCGCGUUCCUUGAAACCUGCUGGACUAAAUGUGCUGAGGUCAUUGCUGUGGCUGGCAAAAUGGAUCUCAGUUUGCCACAGUGGUCACUUGGGCAUAACUGAUGUUGUCAUUGCUCUCUGAGGGCUGUGCUCCCUGCCAGGCAGGGCUGGAGUUACAGUGGAGCAGAGCACAGCAGAAACACUUGAUCCAUCACCGUUGUUUUAGUAAUAUAUACCAAUUAAGGGAAAGGUGUUCAAGGAGGACUGGAAAAGGUGUUGUUUAUUUUUUUUAAUCUUCAUUUCAUUCUUAGAUUCCUGUGCUGGCAUCUAACCAUCUGAAUUUAAAGAAAAAAAAACAAAAAACAAAAAAAAAAACAAAACGAAAAAAAACAGGUUGAUUCUGCGUGACAGACAUCAGUGUUACUGCACCUGAGCCCUGUGCUGGGCAGUGGGUGGCAGCCAGCUGGGCAACAGCUCCACUGUGUGGAUGUGCCAGGAGAUGGAGCUGACCGAGUUGAGAACAGAUGUGAACGCAGGAGGUGUGCCCUGGUUCUGAUGCCUUGGGCCAUGAGGAGUCCAUGACAUCUUAAAAACAGUAUUAAUUCUGCAGUUUGGCAGAGGUAUGCUAACCAGAACUGCUUUUGAGUCAGUAUCUCCAGCAUUAUCAGAAUAGUGUUACCGCUGAGUUUAGCAUACAAAGGGUACAGUUAUAAAGCCAGCAUUUCUAAGGAGAAGGAAAAAAAAACCAAUAACACAACACACACAAAAACUCUAGUGCCUUUUUGUUUUGAGUUUGUGGUGUUACGUCCCUCCAAAAAAGGAAAGGGCUGUGUGCUCUCUGAUGGGAUGCUUUGGCUUACCUGGAAGCGGCUUCUCGGGCACCCGAGACAAAGCAGUGCAACUCACUGCAGUGUGCCAGUAGCUUUAAGAACCUCUUCCACCCUGUAUGCACGUAUAGAGAGCACGUGAGACAAGUUGAGAAGGUGUAAACCAUUGAUGAUUUCCUCUGUCCUUCUCCUGUGGAAAGGAAGCUCAGCCUUUCCAGCCUUGGAGUUAUGCAAUUUGGUUCUUCCUCUGAGCGGUUCCGGCUGCUGCAUCGCACCGGUGCUGUGCUGGAGCCUCAGCUCUGCCUGCAGCUGGGAGGUUAACACAGAUGUGGGUUUUCUGAUUUAUUACUAUCUUCCUCAGAUCUAAAUUUUAUAUUUCUGAAGUGCUUUGGCACACCUAAGCCUAACUGAAGCAAUAGCCUAAAACCCAUCUGAACAGUAAUUUAAAAAUAAAAUUAUCUAGGCACCAAUGACUCAUUUAAAUGUUGUAGAAAUGAAUUCUGCGUUUACUCUUUGUAGUUCCUGAAUUCCUCAGCCCUUCCAAAAUGUUUCUUUGGUGCUAGACGUAACUUAUUGAACAUCAAGAUGAAUGUAAAAUAAAGUAUUUUUAAUGUAUGAAAUAUGGAUAUCGAUAUUUAUUUUAUACUUGCAAGCAAAUUCAAGGUGGUAAAUGUUUGCUGUAGCAAAUGCUGAUCCCUUGGAAAGGGCUUUCCUAGAAGCAGUGUCUCAUUGUCAGCUAUGCUUUUAAUUUUAAAGGUGACUUGCACUAGAGGAUGCUGCUGUCCUGUAUUUUCAGAUGGAACCCAUUUAGUCUAAGCAUUCCUUUGUUACGAGCUGCUGUUUUGUUUUCUCAAGCUGAGGUGCAGUUGUCUUAAUCUGGCAACUUAGUAGAGCUGUGCUGCUUCUCGUGUGGUGAAGGGCUGACAAAAAGCGUGGCAGAAGCUCUUCAACUUUGUGUCUUGUGUUUGUCAGGAAGUGCUUCCUGUACUGUACAGAUAUCCUGGGCUUCGUGUCGCUAAUGAAAAGGUGCUUGGUUUUGUUUUGUUUUUUUUAUGCUUACUGCUCUGGACUUAUUUUCUAACGAAAAAUAAUGCUAAUGGUAGUAUCUGCCCUAACAGCAUUGAUGUAAGCCUGUGGCAAAGCACUAACCUGUCAGCUGUGCACUGAUCUGCUCCCGAUAGGGGCAGCAGUCAGCCUGCUGUAAUGCUGUACGGUGCUUCCAUCAGUCCCAGCCUUGUGUUACAGUACAACUCACCAAGUAGCAAAGGAGCGUUAGCCUUCAUUCUGUGCAUACAGCCCAGAUCAGGUGGGCUCAUUACAGCGCUCUGCUUACAGCCCCUCCUGCCCUGCCUUCUGCUGCAGUCCCAGUGAGAGUUAAGAACAGCAUUAGGUUUGCAUUGGAGCCUCUGCCCAUAAAUGGCCUUGUGAAUGAAAGCACUCUGCUGUUCUUCUCUUGCGUGGUGGCUGCACCAGGUUUCUUUGCAAUUGUAAUCGGCCUUUUGGUUUACUGCUCUUUCUUGCAAGGUGUUUUUGCGUGUGCCCCAGGUGCUCUUAAAGAGAUGAUGAAUUAAAUACUGUGAAGGAGGGUACCUGGUGAGCACCCCGGCUCAUCAGCUUCUUCCUUGAAGGGAACGUUGCACUCAUUUGCGUCGUGUACUGGUGUAGCUGUGCCAGACACAAAACGUCUGUACUGAAAUCAUGUAAAACCUAACUGAUGUUGUGCACACUCAGCAUUUUACUAGGUUUUUGCAUUGUAUGUUGGUAAAUAAACUUGUAUUAAAGUUUCUUUCCAUUAUUAA